UUGUGUAAGUAAAAAAAGAAAGAAAGAGAGAGAGAGGGAGAGAGUGUUCUCUAGUCUAGCACACGAGAUCGGUCCCACGACAUCCGCUGGGAAUCGCAUCGGAGGAACUCGUUUAUCUGAGUGACAACGUCUUGUUCAUGCAUGUGUGUGAGUGCAUUCUCUCGGGGCUCUCGGCAUGUCACCUAUAGAAAGUUUACCAGUGGACCAUCAGGAUUCAUUGCAUGCCGCCAGGUGACCAUGUCAUUGUGGAUAAUAGCGGCUGUGCUCAGAAUGGUGGGUCAGUGCUUGGCUCAGCGCUCUGAGCCCAUGUUUGUAUCCGUCACUCAGAGUGUGCUGCCCUCUGACUAUGAGAACAACCCCACUCAGCUGAAUUAUGGCGUGGCUGUUACUGAUGUGGAUGGGGAUGGGGACCUAGAAAUAUUUGUGGCUGGGUACAAUGGCCCAAACCUGGUGCUGAAGUACGAUAAAGCAAAGAAGAGAUUAGUCAACAUUGCCGUAGACAACCGCAGUUCGCCAUAUUAUGCACUUAGAGACCGACAGGGUAAUGCAAUUGGAGUCACAGCAUGUGAUAUAGAUGGCGACGGGAGGGAGGAGAUCUAUGUUCUUAACACCAAUAAUGCUUUCUCUGGUCGAGCAACAUACACUGAUAAGCUCUUCAAGUUUCGCAAUGGACGCUUUGAAGAUCUUCUUAAUGAUGAGAUAAACGAACAGAGAGAUGUUGCGAAUCGAAUGGCAGGUCGUUCUGUAGCUUGUGUGGAUAGAAAGGGAACCGGGCGCUAUGCAAUCUACAUUGCCAACUACGCCAGUGGGAACGUAGGACCACAUGCUCUGAUUGAAAUGGAUGAAAGCGCCAGCGACCUGUCAAUGGGGAUUAUUGCGCUGUCUAACGUGGCAGAGCAGGCAGGAGUUAACAAGUUUACAGGUGGACGUGGCGUUGCAGUGGGGCCAAUACUCAGUCAGACCCUUCCUGAUAUAUUCUGUGACAAUGAGUACAGCCCCAACUUUCUGUUCCGCAACAACGGAGAUGGGACAUUUACAGAUGUGGCUGCACAGUCAGGACUUGAGGACCCAAUGCAGCAUGGCCGUGGAGUAGCUCUAGCAGAUUUUAAUCGGGAUGGGAGGACAGACAUUGUGUAUGGCAACUGGAAUGGGCCGCAUCGACUAUACCUGCAAUUAAACAAUAACCGCAAGCAGAGAUUCAAGGACAUUGCAUCGCAGAAGUUUUCCAUGCCGUCUCCUGUGCGCACAGUCAUCGCAGCAGACUUUGACAAUGACAAUGAGCUGGAGGUCUUUUUCAACAACAUUGCAUACAGAGGUCCAUCAGCCAACAGACUGUUUAGAGUGUCUCGAAGAGAAAAUUCAGACCCACAUAUAGAGGAGCUGAACAUUGGGGAGUCAGCUGAGCCAGAAGGCAGAGGAACAGGAGCUGCAGUGACUGAUUUUGAUGGAGACGGACUGUUAGAUCUGCUAGUGACACACGGCGAGAGUGCAGCUCAGCCUAUCACUGUGUACCGAGUGAACCAAGGAUCAUCUAACAGAUGGCUCCGUGUAAUUCCACGCACUCGGUUUGGCGCUUAUGCUCGAGGGGCCAAAGUGGUGGUCUACACUAAAAGAAAUGGCGUUCACACACGGAUCAUCGAUGGAGGUUCUGGAUACCUGUGUGAAAUGGAACCUGUGGCUCACUUUGGACUCGGGAAAGACGUGGCCACCAAUGUGGAGGUGUACUGGCCAGAUGGACGCUCUACAGCCAGACCAUUGGAGCUCAGUGACCUGAACACAGUUAUGGAGAUCGACUAUCCAACAUCUGAGGAGGAGGUGACCCCAGCGGUCGAGCUGGAGUGUGGAGAUGGAUUUUUUGUUAAUGAAAAUGGCCGUUGCUCUGAUGAGGACGAGUGUACACACUUUCCCUCAGUGUGUCCCCACGAGCGUCCUGUCUGCACCAAUACAUAUGGGAGCUUCAAAUGCCGCUCAAAGAAGAAGUGUAACCAGGGAUACGAGUCCAACGAUGAGGGAUCAGCCUGUGUGGCUCAAGUAGCCUACUUUGAAGAAAACAGAUCUUUUGCCUUUAAACAGUGGCCUUCUCAUUACUGCUUACUGUGUCUAACUCUGCUCGCUCUGUUCAGUGUCUGACCUGCUGACGGCUUCCUUCUUUCCUCAUCAUCACUCCUCCUCUGCUGUGCAUUCUUUCUGUCCUGUGUAUUGGGAGUCGCCUGUAAACUGAACUCUCGUUGGACUCAUAGCUCUCACCGUGACCCUUGCUGUGUCUUAUUUUCUGCUCUAAUACUUGUAGGAUAGACAAUGUGCAUGCCCACAGGAAUGUACAGGAGUUUCAAAGAAGAAAACAUUUUGAAAAGAGUUUGAAAAAGAAAACAAUAAAAAGAUUCAACACACCAAGCUUUAAGAAGAAAGGCAUCAUAUGGCUGAAGAAAUAAUGAUGUCAAAUUAUUUUCAUCCAAAAGCCUGGAUAUUAUUUUAUGUAAAUGUCCAUAUUAAAUAAUAAUUCAAAGAAUAUAUAUUUAAGGUCACAGGUUGUUCUGUAAUGUUUCAUUAAAAAAUGGACCAGCAACCAAAUUACUGUUGUUGUUGUUCUAUGAAAUCUACAUAAAGGCCGCUAUUUAUCAUUGCACGGUAUUUUACUGGUUAAUGCAUUGCCAAAUAUUAUUUUUUAAAUAUUUAUUUCAUAUAUUUUAUUGCUUUCUUAUUUAAUAAAAACAUGAACUAUCUCUCCCCAAAUAAUUAUUUGUAGAUUUUUUUUAUUUAUUGGCAUGAAAAUGAUAAAGUAAAUUUAUUUUGCUGUAAAUAUUAUUUGCUUAUAGGAAACAUUCAAAGCCAGAGGUUGUUUGUUGGGUGUGGGUUGUAGAUUGUCUGCAGUUUAUUAUUUAAUAAAAUGGAUCAAAAAACAAA